AUGCUAAGUGUCACGCUGAGGUGGCCGAGAGGGCUGACGCGUGCGCCAAGCACGCAAAGCAUUAAAAAAAGCAUCUGGAGGUGUGAGAUAUUGCCCGCUGGCUGGCUUACAGCUUCCGAUAGCAAUUCCCUCGCCCCCCCCACCAGUCCUGCUCCCCCACUCCCUCCUCCCAACCCCACAGCCCCUAUAUCUUACAUUCCGUUUGCAAAGAGUUGUUCUCAGAAUAGUUGGGUUGUAACUUGGGACAGAAUGCUGACAGUGACUUAUGAGAUUGAUAAGGAGGCAGACGAGCCAUCAGAUAUUGCAAGAGUUAGCGAGAUGGGGUUGAGGUCUGACCGCAUCACGUCUCCAGUAUCGGGCAUUGUUUCCCUCGGGUUCAUAAUUGCUCUAUCUCUCAACUUCCACUUGGACUCCGUGCACAGCUAA